GGCCCUAAACAUCAGCUGGUGGGUCCCACCUACUGAGACGUUUGAGCGUUGCCCCUUUAUGUCUACGCAAUGACUAGACUCUGAUUUGAUGCUUUGUAGCGGUUCAGACACCUCUCACAUAAUCAAAACAACGUAACGCAGCUAUACGGGAAAGUUGCAGUUUUCAAACAUCAUGCCUGUGGCAGCCACCGGCACAGAGCAUGCAGUGCCGCAGGUGUUGGACACACUGAGUGACAGCGCCAGCUCCACCACUGCCAAUGACCUGGACCUCAUCUUCCUCAAGGGCAUCAUGGAGAGCCCAGUGAGUGCAGAGAGUCUGGAGGAGACACGGCUGGAGGCCGUGAGGGACAAUAAUGUGGAGCUGGUGCAGGACAUCCUGAGAGAGCUGAGCCCCUUUACACACCGCAGCAACACCGCUGCAGAGCUGUCACGCAUUCUCAACCAGCCGCACUUCCAGUCUCUGUUGGAGACCCACGACUCUGUGGCCUCUCAGACGUGUGAGACUCCGCCCCCGAGCCCCUGCGCUUUCAUGGAGCCGCCCAUCAACAGCGUACCAGUGCCAGCUGAUGCCAUCCGCAUGGUGGGCAUUCGCAAAGUGGCUGGAGAGCACUUGGGUGUGACGUUCCGUAUUGAGAACGGAGAGCUGGUGAUUGCACGUAUCCUCCACGGGGGGAUGAUCGACCAGCAGGGUCUGCUCCACGUGGGUGACAUCAUCAAAGAGGUGAAUGGGAGAGAGGUGGGUGAUGACCCUCGUGUGCUGCAGGAGAUGCUGCAGGAGGCCAGCGGCAGUGUGGUGCUCAAAAUCCUUCCCAGCUACCAGGAGCCACAUCCCCCAAAACAGGUUUUUGUAAAGUGCCAUUUUGAUUAUGACCCUGCCAAUGACAACCUCAUCCCUUGCAAGGAGGCGGGACUAAUGUUCUCAAGUGGAGACAUUCUGCAGAUUGUUAACCAGGAAGAUGUGAACUGGUGGCAGGCACGUCGUGUAGAGGGAGGCAGUGCUGGCCUGAUUCCCAGUCAACUUCUGGAGGAGAAGAGGAAAGCUUUUGUGAAGAGAGAUGUCGAGCUGUCACCAGCAGCCAAUCUCUGCACUGGAAUGGUUGGCAAGAAAAAGAAGAAAAUGAUGUAUCUGACUACAAAAAAUGCAGAUUUUGACAGACAUGAGUUACUGAUCUAUGAGGAGGUUGCAAAAGUCCCCCCAUUUCGCAGGAAGACCCUGAUUCUGAUUGGUGCACCUGGAGUGGGCCGACGGAGUCUAAAGAAUAAGCUGCUAGUGUCAGACCCUCAGCACUACGGCACCACCAUCCCCUACACCUCCAGGAAGCCCAAAUCAGCAGACAGAGAAAAUAUGAUGUAUGCCUUCACAUCCCGGAGUAAGAUGGAAGCUGAUAUUAAAGCUGGCCACUACCUUGAACAUGGUGAAUAUGACGGUAACCUCUACGGCACCAAGAUCGACUCCAUCCAUGAAGUAGUGGAGGCUGGACGCAUCUGCAUCCUGGACGUCAACCCACAGUCCCUAAAAGUCCUCAGGACUUCAGAGUUUUUGCCGUAUGUGGUGUUCAUCAAAGCCCCUGAGUUUGAGGCUCUUAAGGCCAUGAACAGAUCUGGGAUCGAGACAGGAGUGGCGACCAAACUACGAACAGAUGCAGAGCUAAAGAGGACAGUGGAUGAGAGUGCCAAGAUUCAAAGAGUAUACGGACACUACUUCGACCUCACCAUAGUGAACGAAGAUUUGGAACAGGCGUACAGGACCCUCAAAUCCUCCCUAGAGCAGUUAAAGGGAGCUCAGCAGUGGGUUCCGGUUGGGUGGGUCUUUUAGAGCUCAGUAUAGCAACUAUUGGAUGUUUCAUGUGACACUUUAUGUCAGUGCCACCUGGUUUAUAUCAUCAACCUCAUUCCAAGGGUGUUCACUGACCAGAGAGAUCAGGUGUGAGUGUGUCUGCGAAAUCACCAUCACGGCUACAUUCUGAUACAAACCUCAAAACCAGAAUAUCUUGUGUCAGAAUUUAGCCCCAUCUUUGUCUCAGAAUCUUUUUGUUUACAGCAUGAGCAUUCACAUUUCUGUUCAAAUACAUUUUGAAAUUAAAGAUUAAUUUUUGAAUUUUACAUAAAAAAGUUUAGUCUUAAUCAUUUUUUUUUUUUUUUUUUUGUCUGGUAAAAAUAUCUUAACAUUCUUCAAUGAUUAAGAUAAAAAGAAUAAUCCCUUAAAAAUAAGGGAUUUUCUUCAGACACAACAUUGUGUAAGAUAAAACUAUAUUUUGUAGAAUAUACCUUAAAUUAAUCAUUAAUAAUCUGAUACAACAAUUUGCAAUUCAGACAAUAUUUUCUUAGUUUAAGCAUAAACUCAAAAUUUUGUUAGAUUUAUGGUUAAACUAUUAAAAUAUAAACAAUAUAUUCUAUAUAUAAACUUAUGUUCAAAAGUUUGAGGUCAGUUUUUUGAAAGAAAUGAAUAAUUCAUCAAGGAUGCAUUAAAUUGAUCAAAAGGGACAGUAAACACAUUUAUAAUGUUACAAAAGAUUUCUCUUUUAAAUUUUGAACUUUCUAUUCAUCAAAGAAUGAAAUAAAUAUAAUAUAAAGCAGUCCAACUGUUUUCAAUAUUGAUAAUAAAUAAAAGUUUCUUGAGCAUCAAAUCAGCAUAUUUUUUUAAACUCUAAUAAUAUUUUACAAUAUUACUCUUUGUACUGUAUUUUUUAUCAAAUUAAUUCACCCUUGAUGAGCAUAAAAACUACAUUGAAAAACGAAAUCUUCAAACUUUUGAACAAUAGUAUAUAUUCUCUGAAAACAAGUCUUAUGCAGGUUUGCUUCUCAAGUAAAUUUAUGAAGUUAAGUUUGUUUUUUGUUUUUUUGCAAUGUAGUGUAUUUGUUAAUAGUUUGAUCCACAGUUUAGUAUACUGUACAUCCAUUCUGAUGACAUAGAUGGUAGAUGAUUGGACAGUGUUUCAUCUCUGAAUUAUAUUUUUAUUAUAAGGCUCUGUUUUGCUUCAGCUCCUGUUGUUGCGUCAGGCACAUGACUUUUGUACAAUUUGUUUCUUUUACAUUCACAUUGCAGCACUUUUUUUAAUUUAGGGCAGGAAUAUUUGGAAAUGUGAUUUCGACACACUGAUAGGGGCAUGAGAAAUAGAAACAGCAGGCAGAUAAUGUUUUGCACACACAAUACAGAAGGUGUCACUGAAUGCAGUCAUGUACUGAUUUCAGAUGGUUGUUUUAGUAGAUCGCCAUAUCAUUAUCAACCAUAGUCAACUACAUAUUUAUAUACUACAUACAAAUAUGUGGCAAAAAGUUGAAGGACCAAACAUUAAAAACAAAUCUGUGAAUUGAAAGCAAGAACAGUGCUAGAGCAUGACAUCUUUUAUCUAUGAAGAUCCUGUCCGUGUAAAAUGUCAUCAUUGCAUGUAUCUGUGUAUCUGCUCUUAUUCGCUGAAAACAUCAUGACAUAUUUAUUAUAAUGCUGUAUAUGCUGAUUGGAUGAAAAUAUCUCUUUUUCUUACAGGCAAACCCUCUCUACUUUUUUAUUAUGGAUAUCAUAAUUCCAGUGCUAAUUCAAAUUCACAGAUUACCAUUCAUGCCAAUGGUAUUUGGCUUGAAUACUGGCAGCUAUUGUUUAUUAUUGUUUAUACUAGGUGUAAGGUGUUUGAAUUUGGAUUUUAGUUUUGAUAUUGAUAUUACAUUUUCUACAUAUCAGAUGGUAUAAGCUAGAAGCAGAUACUGUAUAGUAGUCAUGUUUCACUUGCAAAAUCAGUGUAUGAUUAGAAGAACAAUCUGUAAAUUGCCUGAUUUCUGAAAUAAAAUGUUUGGGGAAAUAA